CGCGGCGAGGCCCCGCCCCUGCCCCGUUGCUAGGGCGCCCGGCUGCCGGUGGCGGGCGAGGUCGGCCGGGAGAGGCGGCGUGGUGUCCCGAGGCCGGCUGAGACUUCACCGAGGCUGGCGGGCCGGACUACAGAAUGGGCUGAGGCGGCGGCGGCUCUCAGGACGAGAAGCCAGGCUUGAAAAUGGAAAUGUAUGAAACCCUCGGGAAAGUGGGAGAGGGAAGUUACGGAACGGUGAUGAAAUGCAAACAUAAGGAGACUGGGCGGAUAGUGGCCAUUAAGAUAUUCUAUGAGAAACCAGAAAAAUCUGUCAACAAAAUUGCAACGAGAGAAAUAAAGUUUCUAAAGCAAUUUCGUCAUGAAAACCUGGUCAAUCUGAUUGAAGUUUUUAGGCAAAAAAAGAAAAUUCACUUGGUAUUUGAAUUUAUUGACCACACAGUCUUAGAUGAGUUACAGCAUUACUGCCAUGGACUAGAAAGUAAGCGGCUGAGAAAGUACCUGUUCCAGAUCCUCCGAGCGAUCGAGUACCUGCACAAUAACAACAUUAUCCAUCGUGAUAUAAAGCCUGAAAAUAUUUUAGUCUCCCAGUCAGGAAUUACAAAGCUAUGUGAUUUUGGAUUCGCAAGGACACUAGCCGCUCCUGGAGAUGUCUACACAGAUUACGUGGCCACACGCUGGUACAGAGCUCCGGAACUGGUGUUGAAAGACACCUCUUAUGGAAAGCCAGUAGACAUCUGGGCAUUGGGCUGUAUGAUCAUUGAGAUGGCCACUGGCAACCCCUACCUUCCUAGCAGUUCAGAUUUGGAUUUGCUCCACAAGAUUGUUUUACAAGUAGGCAACCUGACCCCGCACCUGCACAAUAUCUUUUCCAAGAGCCCCAUUUUUGCUGGGGUGGUUCUUCCUCAAGUUCAACACCCAAAAAAUGCAAGAAAGAAGUACCCGAAGCUCAACGGAUUGCUGGCAGAUAUAGUUCAUGCUUGUUUACAAAUUGAUCCUGCUGAGAGGAUAUCGUCUACUGAUCUUCUGCAUCACGAUUACUUUACUAGAGACGGAUUUAUUGAGAAAUUCUUACCAGAGCUGAGAGCUAAAUUAUUACAAGAAGCAAAGAUUAAUUCCUUCAUAAAGCCAAGAGAGAAUUUUAAAGAGAAUGAACCUGUGAAAGAUGAGGGAAAACCGGUUUUCACCAACACGCUGCUUUAUGGAAAGGAAGUGGACAAAGACAAAAGAUCCAAGGAUAUCAAAGUCAGAGUUAUUAAAGUCAAAGGAGGGAAAGGAGAUGUCUCAGAUCUGAAAAAGACAGAGUGUGGCGGGGAGUGCCAUCAGCAGGGUGCAGCGGAUAACACACAUGCCUUGCCUCAGGAUAGAAAGCCUUCUGUUGCUGAACUGCCAAACCCUGCCAAUCCCAGCACGUACUCUGAUGGUGCCAAAGAAGACCCACAAGCUGGAGGUUGUAUGAUAAUGCCACCCAUCAACCUGACAAGCAGUAAUCUGAUGACUGCAAACCUCAAUUCAAACCUUUCCCACCCCAAUUCAAGGUUUCCACUGUUGGCCACAUCUUUCCUGCUUGGUACAAGAGAGGCAACUUCAACUGGCCGUCCUGACCUCCCACUGGGUCAUGCCCCACACUCUGCUGGGAUCUUGGUUCUCUAAAGCUAAGGAAUUCCAGGUUAUCCUUCAAGAUGGAGCUCAAGCAUCAGCUUCUGCAGAAAGACUUUCCCAAUGUCACCAAGCGACGACCUCUCUGAUGGGAGCAUGAUUAAAAAACUGCUUGUUCACCUGUUGGACUGACUGCCUCGUUGUUGCCAAAACCUAAGCUCAUGGGGCCAUGUGGUAGCUAUGUUUCUUACCACUGUGAUAAGAUGCCUGAUAGAAACAGUCCAAGGAAGAAAAGAUUUAUCUGGGCUCAUGGCUUCAGAGGGUCAGAUUGCUUACACAGGGCCCAAGCAGCUGGAACUUGGGACUGAGCUGGUACAAUCUAAGGCCUGCCCCUUGUGAGCCCACCUUCUCAGGGCCCUAAAGUCCUCCAGAACAGUUAAGGGCUGGGAGCAAACACUGAGAUUGCCCAGGCAUGGUGGUACAUGCUGAUAAUCCUAGCACUUUGGGAAACAACAACAAUAAAACUCUCAAGAGCCAUUUGGGCAGUGGUGGGACACAUCUCUAACCCCAGCCCGUGGGAGGCAGAGGCAGGUGGAAC